AUGUCGGCGAAGACGGCGGAGCAGCGCUCGCCCGGCCGCAGCUUCGAGACGCUGCGGGUGACGCCGGAGCGGGACCACGUCCUGCACGUGGAGCUCCACCGCCCCGAGAAGAGGAACGCCAUGAACGCGGCGUUCUGGAGGAGCACUGCGGGUGCCUCAGCCGUGGCUGGGGGGGUCCUGCCCCCCCGCUGGGAUCCGGGGACGGCUGGUGACGGCACGGCCCCGGCAGGGAUUGACCUGGUGGAGAUGGGCAGCGAGUUCCUGGCGGUGGAGGGUGAGGACGUGGCCAGGAAGGCCUGGAACCUGCGGCGGAAGAUCUGCGAGUACCAGGAGACCUUCUCGGUGCUGGAGAAGGGUCUUUUCCCGGCAGGCGUCGACCUCAUCUCCGCCUGCGACAUCCGCUACUGCGCCCAGGACGCCUGGUUCCAGGUGAAGGAGGUGGACAUCGGGCUGGCCCGCAAGAUGAUGGCCCCCGAAGCCCAGAGCUGCGGCUUGGUGAGCCGGGUGUUCCCCGAUAAGGAGACGCUGCUGCGGGGAGCUCUGGAGGUGGCCGCCGCCAUCGCGGCCCGGAGCCCCGUGGCCGUGCAGGGCACCAAGGUGAACCUGGUCUACUCGCGGGACCACCCCGUCCCCGAGAGCCUCCGCUACAUGGCCACCUGGAACAUGAGCAUGCUGCAGACCGAGGACAUCCUCAAGUCGGCGCAGGCGGCGAUGGAGAAGAAGGGCCCCGAGGACAUCCCCUUCUCCAAGCUGUAG